UCACACCGAACUGGAUGCAGAUAUGCUAGAGAGCUCGUGCUGAUGCUGGAUGACACUGUGGACUUAAAAUGAAUAUUCUGCCGGUACUCCUCGCUGUUCUGUGUUUCAGCAUAAUGCAGGAUAACACUCAGGGUUUUAAUGUUGGGAUUUCGGGAGCGAAGAUCUUCUCAGUAUCAGCAGAGCAGUUUGGUUACUCUGUUAAACAGUUCAACAACAGUCAAGGAAAAUGGCUCCUCGUGGGUUCACCAUGGAAAGGAUACCCUCAGAAUCGGAAGGGAGAAAUCUAUAAGUGUGAGAUUAACCACCCUGGAGUCAGCUGUGAGUCACUUGACCUACAGAAUUCUGUCAAUGUGCCAAACAUCUCCAACAGCAACAACAUCAACAUGAGUCUAGGUCUAACUCUGAUUCCAACAACCAGAGACAGCGGCUUUAUGACGUGUGGUCCUCUGUGGGCUCAGCAUUGCGGAAGUCAGCACUUUUACCCAGGAGUCUGUGCUGACGUGAGUCCACAGUUUAAGCUCCAGUCAGCCUUCCCUCCUGCCAUUAAAACUUGUGGCAGUCUAACGGACAUCGCAAUAGUUUUGGAUGGAUCCAACAGUAUACGCGCAUGGGAACAAAUCCUCGCUUUCCUUAAGAAAUUGCUGGAAAAUGUUGAUAUUGGACCUCAAAGCACUCAGGUGACUGUGCUGCAGUAUGCUGUUGACACCUCGUUCGAGUUCUACCUGAAUUCCCAUCAGACGAAAGAGUCCAUGAUUAAAGCAGCUUCAAAUAUUCAGCAGAAACUUGGAGUAAAAACUAAUACUUUCACAGCCAUUGAUUUUGCCAGAGAGAAUGCAUUCCUAGCCAAAAAUGGAGGCCGUCCUGGGGCCAAUAAAGUGAUGGUGGUGGUAACUGAUGGAGAGUCACAUGAUUCAGUUCUGAGGAACACAGUUAUCCCAGCCUGUGAGAGCCAAAAUAUCUCUCGCUUUGCUAUUGCGGUGCUUGGACAUUACAUAAAGAAUGAUCUUUACACAAGCGAAUUCGUCGCAGAGAUUAAGUCAAUAGCCAGCAAUUCAACCGAGAAAUACUUUUUCAAUGUGUCUGAGGAGGCAGAACUUAUAGAGAUCGUCGGGGCUCUUGGAGAUCGUAUCUUCAACAUUGAAGGUAUUGGGGAUAAUUUCAAAAUGGAAAUGUCCCAAGUGGGGUUCAGCGCACACCAGACCAGAAAUAAGGAUCUGAUCUUACUGGGAGCAGUUGGAGCAUAUAAUUGGAUUGGCACUGUUGUGCACCACACUGCCCAGAAAUCAAAUGUUUUGCCCAAAACUGCUUUUGAGAAAGUCUUGGAUGAUAGAAACCACAGUUCAUUACUGGGAUACUCUGUCGAGUCUGUAAUCGACGGCUCGUCUGAGUUUUAUGUGGCCGGUGCUCCUCGUGCCGCUCAUAGAGGACAGGUCAUAGUUUACAGUAUCAACAGCCAGAAUCAGCCGGUCAUCGUAGAUUCACAGAUCAUUGUGUUCUGUGGUUUGCAGAUCGGCUCUUAUUUUGGCAGCGUUCUCUGUCCUGUUGAUGUGGACGCUGAUGUUGUGACUGAUCUGCUGCUGGUCGGAGCUCCGAUGUACAUGAGCGAGGAGAAAUCUGAAACCGGAAGAGUCUAUCUCUUCACCAUUAACAAGGGUGUCUUGAGUAACCAGGGUUUCUUGGAGGGUUCUCUGAAAAAUGCUCGGUUUGGGAAAGCCAUCACUGUCAUCCGCGAUCUAAACCUGGAUGGUUUCAGUGAUGUGGUGGUUGGUGCUCCGCUGGAAGGCAAUGGCCAAGGUGCCAUUUACAUCUACUAUGGAGACAGAAAAACCAUCAGAAAGCAGAGCUCACAGAAAAUUGUUGGAACGAACCUGGACCCAGCGUUGAAGUUCUUCGGCCGCUCUCUGGACAGCAGCAGAGAUAUGAACAAAGACUUUAUCCCAGAUGUGGCAGUGGGGGCUUUUGAGAAAGUGGUCCAACUCUGGAGUAGGGGAAUUGCAGUCGUCCUGGCCAAAGUUUUCUUCACCCCUGACAAGAUCAGUAUCCUGAGUAAACCAUGUCACUAUAGCGGGAGACAAGUGUCCUGCUUCAAAGCUAAAGUGUGUUUUAGAGCAACAUUUAAACCAGCAAGUCCACUGGGGCCAGUAGAUAUCAAGUACAACUUGACCCUGGAUGCCGACCUACAGUCAUCUCGGGUCAGCCCUAGAGGUCAUUUCAGCAACUUGGAUCGAGUCGUCCAGAAAGACAUCAGCGUCUCUGUGCAGGACUUAUGUGAAGAGCAUGACGUGUAUGUGCAGGAGACCCCUGACCUUGUCAACUCGAUUGCUUUGCGUGUGGACAUAGUUGUCAGCCAUCCAGACGCCAACCCCGUUCUGGAUGUCUUCAGUACUACUGCAUGGGAGUUUUUUAUGCCGUUCUCAAAGGACUGUGGUCAAGAUGCCGUUUGCUUCAGUGACUUGGUUCUGACUGUGCAGAGUGAAGAGAGACUCAGCAAAACUCAACUGGUGGUCAGCCAGAACAAGAGAAGUCUCUCCUUUACUGUGACUGUGAUGAACAGGAAGGAAAAUGCGUACAAUGCUCGAGUGUCUAGCCGCUACUCCAGUAACCUGUUCUAUGCUUCUGUUACACCACAGACUGAAGGAGCAGAGGUGAAGUGCACUCUAAUGAAAGAAUCAGACACACUUAUCUGCCAAGUUAGUUAUCCAGUGCUGAGGACGGACCAAUCGGUUACAUUUGUGGUCAACUUUGAAUUUAACUUGAAUCAGCUUAAAAAAAAUGCCAAUGUUGUCUUCGAAGCUUUAAGUGACAGCACAGAGGAAACUCCAGCUGAUAAUACGAUCUCUGUCUCCAUUCCUGUCCAAUACAACUCUGAGAUUAUCCUCAGCAGAGAAUCAAAACUAGAUGCUUAUUUACUUGAAAAAGAUAACAAUUACACAACCACAGUGAGGAAUUUCAAGGACAUCGGCCCAGAUUUUAACUUUAAUUUAAAGGUUUCUACAGGAACUGUCCCAGUCAGCCUGGUUUACCUCAAUGUCUCGCUGCCCAACAGCACUAGAGCAGGAAAUCCUCUCCUCUACAUAACCAGCAUUAAAACCUCACCUGCUGAAAACAUCCAUUGUUCAGGCAGUCAUCUGAUCGACCAGUUUAAUAUAACUGAAAAACCUUAUCCAGCCCGAUUCACAAAGGAGUGUUUCAGGGGAACAGAUGAACUGAACUGCAAAACAGCCACAUGUCGCUCAGUUCAGUGUGUCCUGAAGGACCUGGAGGAGAAGAAUGAUUAUUAUGUGGAUGUAACGACAAACAUAUGGAGUGGUACAUUUGCGAUGGCUGAUUUUCUGUACACUGUCAUCUCUGUGACAGCUGAGAUAGAGACAUCUCAACCAGAGCUGCUGUUCAUCGAAAAGAAACACCUGCAGGUUAAAGUCCAAGUGAGCAAACCUGGAGCUAAAGGGGACGUUCCAGUGGGCGCCAUCAUAGGGAGCGUUAUCGGCGGUCUGUUGGUCUUCGCUCUAGUCAUCGCAUUUCUUUGGAAGCUUGGAUUCUUCGAGAGGAAUUAUCAACCGAUGAAGAACGUGGCUGAGGUUGAAGAAGAAAACCAGGAACUGCAGGAAAACAGCGAGACACUUUAAGAAAUCUGUCGAGUCUCAUUCAGCAUUAUCACUGCUUCCUUCUCUAAGAGCAGACUGGGCUUUCAAAAAAUGUCAAUUUGAUUUUAGUGCAGCAAGUGAAACACUUGCAUUCAAAGGAGGACUGUCCAAGCUUUGUAUUUUUUCAAGAAAAACCUAUUGAUGCUUCAUGAGAUUUACUGUAGCUCAUAUACUAGUUAACAGUUCAACUUUGUUUUGUAUCUUUCCCAGUUUCCCCCACAAAUACUCCUUGUUCUCUUUCCAGCAUGGAUCCCGAGACUCUGGGUAGAACAUCAAUUCAUUAUUAUGUAUGAAAUAUUUACACUAUAAAUAAUACCAGUGUUAUUAUUAUAUGAAACAAAUAUAUUUAAACAACAUGAAUAAGUUAGUUUCUAAAGUAUGCCAUAAACAUUAUCUUUCCAAUUAACAAUUUUAAGACAUAUAAUAAAUUAUAUAAACCAUGAACAUUUUCAUACAACUAUAUUGCAUAAUAUGAAAAGGAACACAAAUAUGUAUUAAUAAAACUUAUUUAUACUAGCUACUACGAUUAGUAUUUUUACGUCAAAAUGUGUUAUAUAUCUUAUAUGUAAAAAAUAAUAUAUAUUGGUAAACUGAGUGGCAGAAUAAAUCUAAUCUGUUUGAUUAUAAUGGGAGCUUUUAAUAGUUUUAUUGCUUUGAUGACAUAGUCAGUUUACGACUGAAACUGAGACCAAAACAUUCGAGUUCACUGAAUGCAAGGAAUGAUUACGUCACGUGAUUCGUUGUGUAUUUUCGCCUUGCAUGUGGAUGAUCAGAGAAUAUAAUUGAAUAACAGAUAUCAAAAGCAAGCGUAUCUCGAUAUCCAUGUAUAUAUAUUGGACGCGCACAUGUAAACUUCAACUCCUCUCGCCACGUGGGUCUGUUUUCUUCCUGAGAGCUCAAAUCCAAUUGGCUUUGCCACAGGUCACAUGACUCGCGGAAACAGUCACAUGACGUUCAAUCAACCUCGUGACCGUUUAAUAUUACAUUUUAUAAAUUCGUACUCCUUCUAAGUCUUAAUUGAGCUUUUAUCAUUAAAACCAGCGAUAUAAUUUAACCCCUUCCUGAAAUUAUCUCUGCAUUCCCUCUCUUCCCCAACAGAUGUCUCCAAAUACACAUUCCGAGCCAUUCAGCUGUUCACAGUUAAUGUAUCCCCAGAUGUUGUAUAAGGUAUAAAAUAUUUUUUAUGGUGGUUACUAUAUUUGUUGACUCAUGUAAUGCCUCAUGGGCAUAUGUAACCAUUAAAGCUAUCAGCAUACAAUAUUUUUGUUUUAAAUACAACAGAUCAAACGCUCGUUUCGCCUUUAUUAAACAGCCGAUGGCUGGUUUUGUUCAUUAAGACAGUGCUGUGUGGCAUUCGAUCAAUCCAGUGACAUCUGCAACCACAGACCACAGCUGUGCAACGUAUGGCCCUGUUUCACAGGCAUUGUUAUUAACAACGUGUGGUAGGAGACACUUAUAAAGUCGUGCAUUUCUCCCAAUUCUCCGACAGGGACAGCAGGGCAACAGCGUCCACCUCACUCAUGUCUGGCAAGCCGUUUGAUCAUUUCUGUUUUAUGUUACGGGUAGGCCUACUAGUUUGUUUUUAACCACUACUAGAUUAAUUAAUCUGAUAGUGAGUAUAAUAUUUAUAUGUAAAACAAAUGUAAAGUGAGAUAAGAAAUGCUACUGACAUAUAGGCUACUGGUAAGUGUAAAAUAAAGUUAAGAAAAAUAACACAAAAAAACAGCUAAAACCAGCCUAAACUGGUUAGCUGGUCCAGCCUGGUCAUAGCUAGUCAGCAGGCUGGUUUUAGAUCACUUCUUUAGCGGGUCAGGGUGGAAGACCAGCUUAAACCAGCUACUUUCAGCUUAAACCAGCUAAAACCAGCCAACCGUCUUAGGUUGGUUGUAGAUGUUUUUUUUUCAGCAGGGAUAUAAACUAGUACAUAAUAACUAGUAAAAUUAGAAUAGACUUUAAUCUGGGUAGUGUCAUAUUAAUUCUUGACAGCAAUGAAAUUGAGGCUGUGAGUUUAAACAGAGUGUGUUAAAUUGACUGUAGUGUGUUUAACAACAUCAUGAUUGUUCAGCUAAUUAAAUGACUUUUUUAGGCUACGUCCACACAAAGUCAGAGCUUUCACUAUCUGAUCUUUUUUUUUUCCUCGUCUCAAGAAAUAUGUAGGUCCACACGAAACAACAAUACUGACACAAAACGAUGUAGUAUACAUGCCAGACCAGUAUGUGGCACUGUAAUCCUGCCACAGACACAUUAAAAACGGAGAAAAGACUUGGACUAUGCGCAUAAACCUUGAGCACGGUAUACAAACGAACAUGGAACAAUAUAUUUAUUAAUCUGUGUUAAGGUUAGUUAAUAGAUAAUCGUUCAGUGUUUGUUCAUGUUUUUGUUUCUGUUAUGUGACGUAGAGGUGUUACGACUAGGGGUGAGACGUAGGCCGAUAAUGUCAUAGUUUCAGAAAAUAUAUGGAUUUGCUGUCCACGUGAAAACGCAAAGGCGUUUGGGACCUGGUUUAAAAAAAAAACGGUUUCACUCUCCCAAAACACCAGAUCCGUGUCGACGAAAUGCCUAUAUGAUACAAAAUGUAUGCGUAUACAGCAAAUGUGUCUCUGUGUGGAUGGGGCCUUAGACAAGUCGACCAUUAAACAGUUUUGAAAGUUGUGAAACCUUUAUACAGUGUGAACCAUUGUAAGGACAAUAUUCUUCACAGCCUCAUUUUCAUCCAUGUUAAAUUCAAUAUGGCAUCUAAUCCGAUUGAGGUCUAUACAUUCAUAGUACCAUAGAUCCCACAUUCGACCAGACACAUUGACGUAUCUGCCUUCUUGGAACAGUCAACCUAUCGUCACACAGUAAAAAUCAAUAGCAGCGUCCCAAAUGAGAUGAUGCACUACACACUAUGCACUUAUUGAUUAUGUAAUUAUGCAGUAUGUAUUCAACCAUGUAGUGUAUGAAUUACUUAAGGUUAUUCGCUACAUAAUUACAGCUGCAACAUUCCACACUACAUUUUUUUGAGUUAUUAAAGUGCAUCAUUUGGGUAUUUAAAGUUCAAGUUUAAGGACUUGUUUCAUUUUGGGGGAGGUGUUGGCGCAGUGGUUUGAUUGAUUCAUUGAUAAAAGUUUCAGCUAAAUGAAUAAAUGUAAAUGUAUAAAUGUUUUGGACUCAGUGAACCAAUUAAAUCAUGGUUACCUGGAGGGGAAUUUAAUGGCCGUCAGAGGCACAUCACAUCAUGUUCACUGUGGGUGAGGCAGAGGACAGUGUUGAAACCCCAGUGCCGCUGCACAAGAUGGUCCCCAUCGACUUCCCAGAGUCUGGUCAGGUCCCGGUCGACUUCCCAGAAUCUGGUCAAGUCACUAUUAACACCCAUGAGUCAAGUAAAACCACAGUUGAUCUCCGUGAGCAAAGUCAAGUCACCAAUGAUCUCUGUGAACAAAGUCAAGUCACAAUUGAUCUUCAUGAACCAAGUCAAGUCACCAAUGAUCUUCGUGAAUCAAGCCAAGUCACAGUUGAUCUUCAUUAACCAAGUCAAGUCACCAAUUAUCUCCAUGAACAAAGUCAAAUCACAGUUGAUCUUCAUGAACCAAGUCAAGUCACCAAUGAUCUUUGUGAAUCAAGCCAAUUCACCAUUAAUCUCCGUGAAUCUAGCCUAGUCGCCAUUAAUCUCCAUUGGUCAAGUAAAGCCACAUGUAAACUUCAUGUGUCAAGUCAAGUCACCGUUGGUAUUUAUGAACAAAGUUAAGUCGCCACCAAUCUUCAUGUUGGAUAACUAAAUCAAGUCACAUUUGAUCCUUAUGAGCCCAGUCAAAUCACCACAGAUCUUCCAGAAUUUCAUCACAUCUCAGCAGAUCUUCCAGAGCUUUAUCGUACCACAACAGAUCAUCCAGAGCCUCGCCACGUCUCAGCUGAACUUCCAGAGCCUUGUCACAUCUCAACCGAACUUCCAGAACUAUCCUCCUAUCCUGUCAUGGCAAUGGAGACCAUCCACCAACUCCCUGUCUGUCCUAUCAUGGCCACAGAGGUCAUCCAUGAACUCCCCGCCUGUCCUGACACGGCCUUGGAGGGCCAUCUAUGGACUCUCGUUCAUUCCUGUCAUGGCUACGGAGACCAUCCACCAACUCCCUGUCUGUCCUGUCAUGGCCAAGGAGACCAUCCAUGAACUCACCGCCUGCCCUGUCACGGUCAUGGAGACCAGCUACCAUCUCAUCAUGGCCACCGAGGCCGCUAUUAACCUCUUUAUGUUCU